CCAUAUUACAGGCUACUUUCGCGUCCGUCGUAAACAUGCCUAUGCGAGCGAAGGGGUGUCUCUGAUCAUCUGGAUUUUCUCUCUUUCUGUUACAGCCGUCCAAAGGGGCCGUGUGCCGCCCUCGCAGCCUGCCCUUCCCGGCCUGCCCAACCAAUUCCUGAACUCGACGGACUCAGUGACGACGUCGCUCAGCAAUCACACCUACCUGAGCAGCUACAUCUCGCUGCUGCUGAGGGCUGAACCCUAUCCGACCAGCAGGUACGGACAGUGCAUCCAGACCAACAACCUGAUGGGCAUCGAGAACAUCUGCGAGCUGGCGGCUAGGCUGCUCUUCUCCGCUGUAGAGUGGGCGCGCAACAUACCCUUCUUCCCAGACCUGCAGGUGACCGAUCAGGUUGCUCUUCUGCGGUUAGUUUGGUCCGAGCUGUUCGUCCUUAAUGCAAGCCAGUGCUCCAUGCCCUUGCACGUGGCACCCUUGAUCGCCGCCGCCGGGCUCCACGCAUCGCCCAUGUGCGCCGAUAGGGUUGUGCAAUUCAUGGACCACAUAAGGAUAUUCCAGGAACAAGUAGAGAAGUUAAAAGCGCUGCACGUGGACUCCGCUGAAUAUUCCUGUCUCAAAGCCAUCGUUUUAUUCACAACAGGUAAGUUCGCAGCUACAACUAUUUUCAUUAAAAAUAAAAUACGCCACCCUCCAUAAUCGUACGGAUCGACCACAAAAGUUAUUAACUUUUCCUUCCUCCUGCUCAUCCAUCCCAUUGUAAUUGAACCUAAUUCAACUACGACGCAACC